GAGCAAACAACCACCUAUGAAGUGCCAAACUUGAGUCCAACCUCUCUCCUCUCCUCCCAUCUCAUUCUUUCCUACCCGGGUGUUCACCCACAGAUGGAUUUGCAGACAUCGCUCUAACAGACUGAAGAGUGCAGGAGGACUUAGAGGAAAGCUCUCAUCCCAAGAUACCAAAGAAAACCAACAGAGAAGUCUCAGAAAAUCCUAAGUUUAUCUACUUCUACCCUCUACCCAGCUAUAAAAAGAAAGACAAGUGCCAUGGCGACACCCAAAAAUACUCCCCGGGGCUCCAACACACCUCUGUCCCCCAACCGUAUCACCCGGCUCCAGGAGAAGGAGGACCUGUGCAACCUCAACGACCGGCUGGCCGUCUACAUUGACAAGGUGCGCUCACUGGAGUUUGAGAAUGCCGGCCUGCGUCUGCGCAUCACCGAGUCAGAGACAGAGGUCAGCCGGGAGCUGACGGGCCUGAAGGCCGCCUACGAGACGGAGCUGGCCGAUGCCCGGAAGACUCUGGACUCUGUGGCCAAGGAGAGGGCCCGGCUGCAGCUGGAGCUGGCCAAACUGAGAGAGGACUUCAAGGAGCUGAAGGCAAGGAACACCAAAAAGGAGUCAGACCUGGCUACAGCGCUGCUGAGGCUCAAAGACCUGGAGGCUAUGAUGAACUCGAAGGAUGCGUCCCUGUCUACGGCUCUAGGGGAGAAGCGUAACCUGGAGGCUGAAAACAGGGACCUGAAUGCGCAGGUUGCCAAGCUGGACACCAGUUUGGCCGAUGCCAAGAAGCAGCUGCAGGAUGAGAUGCUGAGGAGGGUGGACGGAGAGAACCGCAUCCAGACCCUCAAAGAGGAGUUGGAGUUUUGCAGGAACCUCCACUCUGAGGAGCUACGGGAGACAAAGCGGCGUCAUGAGUCCCGCAUGGUUGAGAUGGACAAUGGCCACGUGCAGGACUUUGAAAGCAAAUUAUCGGAGGCGCUGGCGGACAUGCGUAGUCAGCAUGAACUGCAGAUAAAAAUGUACAAGGAGGAUGUCGAGAAGACCUACAAUUCCAAGCUGGAGAACGCUCGUCAGACUGCAGACAGGAGCGGCCACCUGGUUGGAGCCGCACACGAGGAGCUGCAGCAGACACGCAUCCGCCUGGAGUCCAUGUCCUCUCAGAUCAGCCAGCUGCAGAAACAGCUGGCGGCCCGCGAGGCCAAGAUAAGGGACCUGGAGGACGCCAUGUCUCGGGAGCGGGACACCACCCGCCGCCUGCUGGGGGAGAAGGAGAGAGAAAUGGCGGAGAUGAGGCAGAAAAUGCAGCAGCAGCUGGACGAAUACCAGGAGCUGCUGGACGUCAAGCUGGCUCUGGAUAUGGAGAUCUGUGCCUACAGGAAGCUGCUGGAGGGAGAGGAGCAGAGGCUGCGUCUCUCCCCCAGUCCCCCUCCCACCAAGAUGACAGGAAGUCGUUCCUCUGCGUCCGGAGUUCUGUCUCGCUCAGCUCACUACAGCACUAACAGCACUCCUGCCAAGAGGCGCCGCCCCAACGACACGGACAGCGAGGCCUCCAGCAUGGGAGGAGGAUCUGUGGCCCGCACCCGCAUCACCCAGCAGGCCUCAGCCAGCGGGCGCGUCACCGUGGACGAGGUGGACCUGGACGGGAAGUAUGUCAGGCUCAGCAACAAGAGCGAUGAGGACCAGAAUUUGGGAAACUGGCAGCUGAAGCGACAGGUGGGAUCUGGUGUUCCAAUCAUCUUCAAGUUCCCGGUGAAAUUCACCUUAAAGGCUGGGCAGAGGGUCACGAUCUGGGCCUCUGGUGCUGGGGUUCCCCACAAUCCUCCCUCUGACCUGGUGUGGAAGACUCAGGCCUCCUGGGGCACCGGAGACCACUUCCAGACCACCCUGAUAAGCGCCAAUGGAGAGGAAAUGGCAAUGAGGAAGGUCACCCGCACACAGCUUGAAGAAGAAGAUGAUGACAUGCAGGUGGCUCACAGCACCUGCGGAGACAGUGAGUAUAACCUGCGCAGCCGCACGGUGGUCUGCGGCUCCUGUGGACUUCCUUCAGACAAAUCCAGCCACUGCUCCGUGACCUCCCCCUCCAGAUCCUUCCGCAGCGGAGGGAUCUCCGAGGGUCUACUGCCGCAGUCCUACGUGUUCAGCACCAGCAGUCCUCGCAAAACUGGAUCCAGAAUGGAGAACUGUCCAAUCAUGUGAGCCCCAUGGACCCUCGCUGGAACACUUCAACUCUUUUAGUUUUCAGUUAUUAGUGCUUUAUAGUUACCAGUUUUAUUAAGGUUAGUUAAUGUAUAACAGAAUAAUCAUUUCAAAAUAAGGCAUGCAAAAAAACUUGAUACUGCUUUUUUAUAAUGUACAUAGGCGUGCUUAUGAUUUCUUUCUGGAAUUUAAAUGGCGAUUUAGCAGUCACUUUGUUUGCUUUGCUGUCAUUAAUGGUUGGAAAUAUAUACCAGCCUUUCACAUAGCAACACAACAUGAAUCAGCUACUUGAACAACUUACUGUCAAACAACUGUUUGUACUAAAAGCCUUGUUUACUUCAAAAAGAGUUGUUGCUGGACGAUAAAUCAUGCUUUUUUGUGCUGCUUAUAUAACCGUUUCAUCAGAUUUUCAUUUUCGUACCGACGUGAACUUACUGAUGCGGCAGGGUUGCAGUAAAGGUUGACCCCAACCUUUCUACUGAUCUGAGGAAUAUUGUGUAUUUUCUUCUUAUAUCAAUAAAC